CUUAUAUUGUAAAAAAAAAAUGAAGUAAAACCCUAGAACAAGAAAAAUCAGAAGCAAAAGCUGAAAAUCACGUUUAAGGGAUCUGGGUCGCUCAAAUUUACAUUCUCCACAGUAUAGGUUUGAAAAUUGAGAGUGAUGAUGGGGACAAGAAAUUUAGUUUGGAAUGUUACUAAAAAAUUGGCCACAAUUGGUCUCAUUACUUUCACUGUCUCUGAUCGUUAUGCAACUGUUGUUCCUGUUCGUGGUGCUUCUAUGUCUCCCACUUUCAAUCCCAAAACUAAUUCCUUCACAGAUGAUUAUGUCUUUGUUGAGAAACUUUGCCUUGAUAAGUUCAAGUUUUCGCACGGUGAUAUCGUCAUCUUCAGUUCCCCGUCGAAUUUUAAGGAGACACACAUAAAGAGAAUAAUUGCAUUACCUGGUGAGUGGUUUGUUAAUCGUCAUAACCAGGACGUACUGAAGGUUCCAGAAGGGCAUUGUUGGGUUGAGGGAGACAAUGCAGCUUCUAGCACAGAUUCAAAAUCAUAUGGACCUGUUCCAUUGGGUCUAGUACGAGGAAGGGUUACUCAUGUUGUUUGGCCUCCUCAAAGAAUAGGAGCUGUCAAGAAUACUACACCAGAAAGAUUACCUUCUUCAUAGUCGGAUCCUAAUGCUAUUGUCUGACCUCUUCAAAGAGCCACACCGGAAAAGAACCACACCAGAAGAAUAAUUUUUGAUCUCUAAUGUUGUUCCCUUUGGUUGGAAAACCAUUAAUUAAUUGGUCAUUGUGGAGAGAAGUUACCAACCCAUUUGUUGAUUGGAUUCGUAGAACUUUGAAUUUUGAUUAUAUUCUAAUCAAGGUAAUCAAUUUAAGAUGUCACAAAUGAGAUGAAUGAUAUCAUAACUGCUAUUUUUUUAAGCAGAACUUGUCGAGAUAAUAAUUCAAAGGGUGCCGCUAACUUAGUGCAAAUGUGUUUACUAGUAUUUUGAAGUAAUUAGUGCACUCAAAUUUAAUGGGUGGAGGGGUUAUGUGUGCAGCCAUAAUUUGGGAUGAGGAUGAUGGAGGCUUGUUAUAGGACGCUAAAGAGGUUAUAAAUUCGUGUAAUUCUUGUGUAAUUGUGCUCGUAAGUUAUAUAUAUUAUUUUUUUGACA